AUGACGAAUAUUGUCAAAUGUGGUGAUAAUGAUCUUGCGACCUCUUACGAGAUGCAGGAGACUACCUCUGCGAUCUCCGAUGAGAUCGGAGGCGAAUUUUUGUCGAGGCGUGCGGCGAUUCUCAACAUCAGAAUAUCGCCGCGUUUUGAGCUCGAAUCUUCUCAGAUUCAAAUUUUGAGAUCUCCUGAUCAAUUCUACUCUGUUCUCAAGGGUAAGAUAUUGAAGGCAAAACGGAGAAUAUACUUGUCAACUCUGUAUAUUGGAACGAAGGAGCAUGAGCUGAUUGAGACGAUCCGUCAUGCGUUAAAGAAGAGCCCGGAAUUGCGGAUCUCCAUCUUGACAGAUGCUCUACGUGGCACUAGGGAGACACCAAAUCCAUGUUGUGCUUCACUAUUAGCGCCGCUGGUUGAGGAAUUCGGUGAAGAGCGAGUCGAGAUAAGAAUGUAUCACACGCCCAACUUGACAGGCAUUAAGAAGCGGAUCGUGCCUCGACGGAUCAACGAAGGCUGGGGCUUGCAGCAUAUGAAACUGUAUGCUAUCGAUGAUGAGCUUAUUGUGUCUGGUGCGAACCUUUCCAAUGACUACUUCACAGAUAGACAAGAUAGGUAUCAUGUUUUCUCCUCAGCACAGAUUGCAGAGUACUUUGAGCGUGUUCACCAAGCAAUUUGUAAGCUCAGUUUCGCUGUUCUACCUUCAAAAGAACCCGCAGGCUACAUUCUCGAGUGGAGAAAAGACAACCUGUGCCCCUCACCACUUGACGAUCCGAAUUCAUUCGUCAAGCACGCUAGCGUUCGCCUAGAAUCUCUCAUUCAUCAAGGUACGCAGGCGGCAAAACCAGUCCCGGCGUCAUCGACACUCGUGUAUCCGUUGCUCCAAUUCACCCAGCUUCUGAAACCAGAUACGUCAACUGAGCUACCUGCCAUGCGCACGAUUCUGUCUUCGCUUGCGAAGCCGGGUUUCGAAAAUUCAAAAUGGACUUUUACCGCAGGAUACUUCAACAUGACGCCUGAGGUACGUCAGCUUCUCCUCAAUAGCAAACCAGCCAGCGCCACCGUGAUUGCAGCAUCUCCCUGGGCCAACGGGUUCUAUGGCUCGAAGGGUGUUUCCGGUAUGCUUCCAGCCGCAUACAGUCAUCUCACACGUCAAUUUCUCAAUGCAGUCGCUCGAAAGGGUCUAAAUGAUCGUAUUUCCGUGAAGGAGUGGAGACGGGGCACAGUUAACGAGCCUGGCGGAUGGACAUACCACGCAAAGGGAUUGUGGAUCACGUUUCCAAAUGAGAAUGCACCUUCGAUAAGCCUUGUCGGCAGUUCUAAUUACACAAAACGAAGCUAUUCCCUUGACCUGGAGGCGAAUGCCUUGAUCGUGACUCGGGACAAGGAUUUGAUGAAAAGGCUUGGAGAGGAAGAGAGCUGGUUGCAAGAUUACGCGAAGAAGGUAGAUGUUGACGAUUUUGCAAAGACUGAAAGGAGAGUAGGGUUCCACGUGAGGAUAGCCAUGUGGAUUGUCGCCGUGCUCGGCGGUGCUCUGUAA